AUGUAUUUCUGUUGUGCAAUUCUGCAGGUUGAGGCAAAGAAACAAACAUUUUCUUCCUUCGAUGACUUGCUUGCAAAUUCCGAGCAGCCUGUUUUAGUUGACUUUUAUGCUACCUGGUGUGGUCCUUGCCAAUACAUGGUUCCCAUUCUCAAUCAAGUCAGUCUUGAGUUGAAAGAGAAAAUACAGUUGGUGAAAAUCGACACAGAGAAGUAUCCAAAAAUUGCUGAUCAGUACAAAAUCGAGGCACUACCUACGUUCAUCAUAUUCAAGGAUGGGAAACCUUGCGAUCGCUUUGAAGGAGCAUUGGCAGCUGACAAGCUCGUUGAACGAGUUGAAACUGUAUUGAAGAAUGCUGAUGCAUAGUAAAUAAUUCCUGCAGAGGCGGUGAUGGUCCUCUCUAGUUUGUAUCAAGUUGCAGUGUAGUUUUACAAAACUCAUUUCCAUUGUUUUCUCUUCAUCAUUCGUUGCAAGGACUACCUUGACACACUUUUGUUCUUUUACUUCUGUAUUUCGGUUCCGGAAUCCUUUGUGGUAAAUAUUGCUUACACAAUUUAAUUUAUGGUUUAUUUUUCCCUUGCUUC